CUCUCUCUCACACACACAGCACCCACUAGAAUCAGCGCCAAUCUCUCUCUUUCUUUCUCUCACACACACACACGCACGUAAAUUCACACACACACAAUUAUAUAUGGAGCAGCAGCGGCACGUGCUGUUAGUUACAUUUCCGGUACAAGGCCACAUCAACCCAUCCCUUCAGUUCGCCAAGAGGCUGACCGCCAUGGGCAUCAAGGUCACCUUCGCCACCAGCCUCUACGCACGGCGGCGCAUGUCCAGAACCGCCGCCGGACUGCCCAAGGGUGUCACCUUCGCCGCCUUCUCCGACGGGUACGACGAUGGGUUCAAUCCCGGAAACGACGAUGCCGGAAAGUACAUGACGGAGAUAAGAAGCAGAGGCUCCCAAAGCCUGAGAGACACCAUCCUCGCCGCCGCCGAGCAGGGCUGCCCCGUUACCCAACUGGUGUACACCCUCCUCCUCCCGUGGGCACCAGAGGUGGCGCGUGAGUUCCACGUCCCGAGCGCCCUCCUCUGGAUCCAACCCGCCACCGUCCUCAAUAUAUACUACUACUACUUCAACGGCUACGGAGAUGAAAUUGCAGCAAACUCGAACGACGCCACGUGGCAAAUCCAAUUCCCGGGAAUUCCCGCCCUUAAUUUUUCCAAACGAGACCUUCCGUCGUUCAUACUUCCGUCGAGCUCCGACAAGCACAGCGUCGAACUUCCGAGUUUUAAGGAGCAGCUCGAAACACUAGACGCCGAGAAAACAAAACCCAAAGUGCUGGUCAACACCUUCGAGGCACUGGAGCCCCACGCGCUCAAAUCCAUCGACAACUACGAGCUAAUCGGAGUGGGGCCGUUGAUUCCUUCCGCCCCUUCAGACAAGUCAUUCCGCGGCGAUCUUUUCGAAAAAUCCGAUGACAACAGCGUAGAAUUAUGGCUCAACGCCAAGCCGGAAUCGUCGGUUGUUUACGUGUCUUUCGGCAGCAUUCUCAAGCUACCGAAAGCACAAAUGGAGGAGAUAGCGAAAGGGCUUUUAGAAUCCGAUAGGCCAUUUCUAUGGGUUAUACGAAUAAACGAGGAUAACAAGAAUGAAGAGGAGGAGGAGAAGUUGAGUUGUUUAGAUGAACUCGAAAAGAUAGGAAAGUUUGUACCUUGGUGUUCGCAGCUCGAGGUACUGACGCACGCUUCGGUUGGUUGCUUCGUGUCGCACUGCGGGUGGAAUUCGACUCUGGAGAGCUUGUCUAGCGGAGUUCCGGUGGUGGCUUUUCCUCAGUGGACCGAUCAAGGGACGAACGCGAAGUUGAUAGAAGAUGUGUGGAAGAGUGGGGUUAGAGUGAGAGGAGUUGGUGGAGAUGGGGUGGUGGAGAGUGGUGAGAUAAAUAGGUGCAUUGAGGAAGUGAUGGAUGGUGGCGAAAGGAGUCGGGAGUUGAGAGCGAAUGCUCGGGAAUGGAAGAGUUUGGCGAGGGAAGCUAUGGAUGAGAAUGGGAGUUCUUGUAAUAAUUUGAAGGCAUUUCUUGAGGAUAAUUGAGCUCCUUGUUUUAGGGUACAUUAAGUGUAUUUACUUUGCUAGAGAGGUUUUGUUUGUUGAAUUUUAAUUUUUGCUAAUUUAAGUGAGGGUUGAAGUUCUUCCUUUUAUUUUUUAUUUUCCCACCUUUUCUUGUUUCUUGUUUAACUUUGUGUGGGUAUGUUUAGUUUUUUUAAGUAUAUCAAAACUUGUAUUGUCUUU